AUGGAAAUACAGUAUGGGGAGGGGCCGAUUCCAGCGCCUCGAAACCAGCGCGGUCCUCCUCGAGUCAGACAAGCCUCCCGCAAUUCGAAUGCUUCAUCACGGAAACGAUCACCGUUUGAGGAGCAGUCAACAUCAGAAGAUCCCGCAAAAGGCGGAAUUGAGCUAAAUGAGGGACUUGAAACUGACGGCAAAAGGGCUGCGGAGAUUGAGGAGGCUGGUCUAUCUUGCACGGUGGCUCUACCAAGUGACAAUGAACAAGCCCGGCCCUACACAACUCCCACAGAGGCAAAUUCAGUGUGGACAGCAGAGAAGACCUACGACAAGAGGAUUGGCACAACAACUCUCCAUUCGAUUCAUUCCCUACAGUAUUCCAUAGGCGAGAGGGGACUGCCGAAAGUCACACUCUUUUGUCCGCAAGGUCCUGCACGGCACGAGGAAGACGUCUCUCCAGUGCAAGCUAGAUGGCUGGAUAUCCAAAGAGUUGCCAUCCUCCUGCUGGAAACUGUCAAGGAAACAUUUCUCCGACAGGCGGAACAUGGUGCAUACGUCGAGCCUGGUUCAGCUCUGCGGUUCGUUGGCCAGCGUCCACAGGUGCACGACUCGCACAGCAUCAUUGUCACGGACCCCGUCCUUUUCGUUGCGUUUCCGUUUGUGGAACUGGAGUCGUCAAGACAUCACCCUGGGCUCAGCGAAAGAGACGAAUACCACCCUCGCACUCUGCUCCAGAAUCUCUACGGAUUUGAUGUCCUUACCAGCCGUGGCAAGCAGCAAGUUAUCCACAAGAUGUCAGUUUGCAGUCAAUCGAGCGACACCUUGUAUGUGAAGCAGCUGUGGUGUCUACUGAUAGGCUCCGACAUUCUGAUCACCAUGUCAAGCCAGCCGUCGGAGAAGCUUCUUGGUGAGACGAUCAUGAAACGGACCGACUCCCCCAGGCAACCAUUGAGGAUCGAGGUCAUCGACACAUACGGCUCUCAGUGCAGCAUGAGUGUAUCGUUGAAGACAACAUGGGUCGACUUUUUCCGGCAUGUCAUGUUGACCAUCUACGGUAACCUCACCAAGAUCAUGGACUUUGAGCUCGUGGAUGAGACAACCGAGAUUGUGACGGCAGAUAGAUGGGUUGAGAUUGCAAAGUCAACGAAGUCGGACCUGCUUAGAUUCCAGCUCGUUGAACGAAAGAUUCCAACAUCGCGCGCAUCGAGCAUCUCUAGUCGAAAGAGCAGUCGUACAGGCAUCAGAAAGUUGCUAAUGGAUCAUGCAUAUCAUGACAGAAGUCGCGAUUCAUCACGCCGUCAUAGACGCAGAGAAAGCUAUGACGAGGCCUCAUCGUCCAGCGAGGGCUCGAUAGUCUUGAAGAAGUCAUCAAGUCCAGCUUGGCCUCGCUCACAACGACAUCAAACAUCUUUCUUUGAUACUGCCGCGCUCAAAGAAUUGGCCAAAAAGAAGGAACGAGACGGCGAUAGGAAGAGCGAGGAGUAUCUAAAUGUAAUCAUUCGUGGCCGUGGCUCGCAAUCUACUCCUACUGUCUUCACCUUGGACAGCAGCGAUGAAAAAGCUUCAACAGAAGACGAAGCUUCACGACACAGUGCAAUUACUGCAGUGCCGCAGCUAUUGUCGCCGUCGACCACCAAGGAUGGCGAUGAACAUCACAAGCAGUUACCCAGUUCGGAUGUCCCAUCUUCAGAUCACCACAAACAGCUUCCAGAAGACAAAGCAGAAGAAGGAAAGACAACCAACGACAGAGCAGCCGCCGUGCAGCUCGAAGAGGCUCCAUCCCAGUCACAAGGCGAAGAUGAACAAGUAACUUCUAAAGAAACACCCAAAGAAACCAUUCCUCCUUCGCCAAACAAAGAGAGAAGCAAUCAGAGCCCUAGUGCUCAAGUUGUUGUCAAUGCUUCAAUCGAACCCAUCAAUCGCCCAACAAGCUAUCGAAAAGUCACGAUAGAGGACGAAGCCGAGACGGAACUUCACGACGCCAAUAGUCGCAUGAACAAUGAUUGGGAUCAUAAUCCCUGGAUAUAUGAGUUUAUUGAGGCAGAACCUGAGGAUGAUGAAGUGCUGGAAGACAAGGAAGACACUUCAGAUCAGUCAUGGCCCCAAACCCGCCCGGCUCGAGCAAACACGCCGCAGAGACGCUAUCCAUAUGAUAUACGCCGGAGUUAUUCCUACAGAAAGUUUCAUUCACAGCUACGCUCUCCCUCAAGUUCAAGUGACGAUUUGUUCCCUCGACGGGGGAGAAGUCGUACACAGAGAAGACGACUUCGGAGGGACGAUACACACUCAUCACGGAAUUCCUCUUCUUGGCGCGGGGUACGUUUUGAGUCAAAUAGCCAGCACUCCAGUGGGCGUGAGACUCUCGAGAUGUCACCCUACGGCAGUUCGAAUGCCACCAAAGUCGAGGUCUCAUCAGUGAGAGCAUUUGCAGUGCCGUUCUUCUACUGGAGACAAAGCGGCAUGCUGGGCGAGGAGUCGAAUCCAGAACUAAUAGAUCAGAGUGUGAUCAGACUCCUUGACCAUAUUGACGAACUCAUCUGUGACGAUCCAGUUGGCAAGUACUAUUCGAAUGUUGCAGAGUUUACCAUGGACGACGUUUUAUUGAGACAGGAGUGCCUCGACGAAGCCGCCCCCAUAAGUAUCGGAAUGAAUUCCCCUCCUUCGACUAAAACUGAAGGGAUUGGAGAGCAAGCCAGUCCCAACCAAAAUAAUGAUAAUGCCGGCGAUUUAACAGAUGCGUCGCCAUGUCGAGGCUUCCAAGAAAAUACGCAGUUCAUCCAGACGAAGGCAAUUGGCCUCAUAAGCCACGACAAGACACUCGUAAAGCAACUGGUCGGAAUGAGCCAGCAAAUUGUUUGGUCAUUUGUACCGCACACUGGCGGAGCGGUAAUACAUACUCUGAUGAAGCGGUUCUGGGGAUGUGUGGAUCGAAUUUGUCUGCAACUCCUCUGGGAUGAAAACGAGAGAGGACAGGACGCUGAACACACAUACAUUAUCCGAAAUUUCUCAAGCCAGGUCAAAGAAUACAACUCUAGGAGACGGAAGCCAUCCGUAGGCAAGAUUCACUACUUGGAUUGCGAGGAUUGCAAGGCUGCCAAGCCGUAUUCUUCCGCUGAGAGUGCUCUGGAGCAUAUACACGCAAAGCAUAUGGAAUGCCCGCACAGCGAGUCGGGGAGGCCAUACGACGAUCCUUGCUAUGCGUGGCUGCAUCGCAUUUGGCAUGACAGCUACCCCAUGAGAAGUUCACAAGAUGGACUCCUUGGCAUUGUCGAGGACUUUAUCGAGGAGCUUUCCGACAUCAGCAUGUAUGUGAGAGAGCUGCUCAAUAUGACUGCACGGGACUCUUCAACGGCGGAUACGCCUCCUCUUACGAUCAACACCAUCCACAUCUUUCAGCAAAUUGUCAAGAUCUUUGUCUUUCGCUCAAAGCAGCUGUCUCUUAUCAACCGGCGCCGCACCAUUUCUGCAGAAGAUUCCUCAGGGAACAUUCGGCUCAUCCAACGCAUUGAUCGCAAAAUAGAAGAGCUAUCCUCACUAGAGAUCGACGCCAAUGACCGCAUCAUAGACCUUUCCGAAAGCGCCAAAAAAGACAUUUUCAUGUCUGGAAUUGGGUCUGCUUCUGAGACUCCUCAGGCGGAAACUGUUCGAGUACAGUUUCUUGCCCUAGCAUUGAUGUCAUGUUACCAGAGGCCCCUACUGCAGUCGUCGUACGCAGGGUCUUCUUAUGCCAAAGACACGCUUUUGCAGCUGUACAGAGAUUACACAUCUCGCCUUCACUUUCAGGCAAACAACCGUCCGAGGAAGCGCGUCUUCUUGGACAUUCAUGGCCUUGACGAAGAGCUUCAAGCACUGGAUAAACUGUUAGGCAGCCAGGAGAUCUGUCUCUACAACACGCUUACACUCAUCGACCCUCUUACCUCUCGCUACACGACCAAAACUCGGCUGAGGGAGUUCCGAGUUGAGCUGCCAUAUGGAAACAAUAUGCUGCGUGGCAUCAUCAACAGAAGGCGAGAGAUUGAGAAUCUAGCGACAAGACUCCGAAUUCUCAAGGAUCAAGUCAAACAAACGAUUGAGAUCUUGGAAGAAGAUCACGGCAAAGCCAUCAGAGUCUUCACGGUGGUGACCUUAUUCUUCUUGCCGCUCUCAUUCGUUUCAAGCUUCCUGGGAAUGAACACGGUAGACGUAAGGGAUACAGAGUAUAGCCAGCGCAUCUUUUGGUUAACCGGAGUGCCGGUUACGGUAGCGGUCUUGUCGGUGGCAUUCGCCUACGGCUACAAAGGAGAAGAGAUCAUUGACUGGAUAAGUCACGUACUACAAGACAAAAGACGCCGGACGCCCACAUGGGGCGAGAAUAGAGAUGCCGGCGACCGGACGUCGCUUGAGGCAGGAUGGAGAGACUUGGUUCCAAUGACGGAGCCGAAGCAACACACGGCCCGUCGCCGACGCUUGACGACUCUCAUGAGAGGUAGAUCAAGCGAAUCCCGUGGCGAUAUUGAGAAUUUGCAGAUGGAAGAUCCUGGUGGAAAAGUCUGGAUCGAGAGACGGAACACGGAUGAUAGCUUGGCGCCUAUACGACGGAGAGGAUAG